AUGCUGCAGCUACCUCCCAUGCGCUCAGAAGCGAAGCAACCUCCUAUAUCCCCUAGCGCCGACACGAAUAUGCAUCCUCUCGAUGUUCUGGCGGCGCUGAAGGAUGAUUCAUCGCUGUCACCGCAGCUGCGGGACAAAAUUGGUGACGCGCUCGCGCGGCUGCGUGAAACUUGUAGGACGGCGGGCCAGCCGAGCACGAAGAAGACGCCUCCGAGAAGCUGCGCGCACAACUAUUUCGAGGAGAUGAUCAGCGGACAUGCGCCGUUUCGGCUCUCUUGCCACAGAAGCGGCCUGAUCCACACGCGUGCCAAGGACUUUGACAUCGCCUCCUCUCGACUCCCAGGUUCCAUUAUAAUGUCCUCUUGCAACACCCUCAUGCAGCGUACCACGCCUGCUCUCCAGAGUCCAAAGGGGGUAUUUGCAGAACUCAACGCCAUCGCUUUUCAGACACUUCGAUACAUCGAUGAGGUGGAGCAGAUCGAAUUUGACGUAACCAACGUCCGUGAGCACGACGGCAGUAUUAUGGGGGACAAGGAGCGCCUGUUCCUCUCUGUCUGUUGCAGCGUGUUCGCCAACUUUUACUUCUUCACGUCCCUGUGCAUCAACGCGGAGAAGUUCUUACGCUUUCUUCGCAAAAUCUUCACGUGCUACCCGCUCGACAACAGCUACCACAACGCCACACACGCAGCGGAUGCGCUUCAGAUGAUGUCGCUCUUUUUCAGAGAGCCCACUGUAAACUUCCUCUUCUCCGAUGAAGAGAUCGCAAUCUGUUUCCUAGCUGCGCUGACUGUUGAUGUCGCACACCCCGGUGCGUCUGACGCACUCCUGGUCGCUUUGGACCACCCCUUAGCGUCUGUGUUCGGCGAUGUCGCAAUCGCCGAGCACGCGUCUCUCCUGGUCUUGACGAGUGCGCUUGUACGGGAGGACAAUUUCUUCUUCUCAACGACUGAUGAAGCGGUCUCGGCGGAUAGUGCCCAUCUCGUGAAGGAGGCACUGUACGAUGUGGUGCUGAAUGCAGCACUGCGUAACCGGCCUUCGCUAAUGUCUGCCUUGCACGACAUUGAUACGAGCGGCCACAUAACCGACGCCGACGCCCCCAAGCUAAUGGCGGCUCUUCUGGUGAUGGCAUCCAACAGCUUUGCAUUUCGCUCGCAGGCACAGUGUUGCCGAAUGGGUACGUGGCUUCUCUCGGAGAUCCACCGGGAGGAGUGCGAAAUGGAACGGCACGGCAUUCGUAUGACUCUUCCCCACGUCUCGGGGGCUGACCUCACCACAGUGUUGUCAGACUACAUAAACGUUGUCGUGAAGCCGAUGACGGCGGCUACCCUUGCCCUCGUUCCUACCGAUCUGCAGGAUCGUUUGGAGUGGAACGCAGACCUUGUCGACGCGGCGACUGGCGCUGGUGGUCGCCCGUGUAGCGUUAUUCUGGAGACCUCCCUCGCGCCGUGGAUGACGAGCUCGCUGCAUGUGAUGGAGAUACUAAAGAAGGUAGCCACACACGCAAAAAGCGUGGACCGGAAAGCCUCCAAGUGCGCCAUUCUCAACGCUUCUCCAUCGCGCUUCCAGGGAGCGGCGGCAGGCAUGAUGCAGGCCGACUCGCUUAGCAGCAGCAGCUCCAUGUCAGGCUCUAUUAACGCCACGAGGCAAGAGGAAGCUACGACUCACCGCUCGCCCUCCUUGUUUACGUCACAGUUGUAUGUCGCGGGUGGGAGUCCGGCGGCGCAUCCCAGCAGGUCGGAGCACUACUUCUCCUUUCUGCGCCUCUACGACAAGUGCGAGCGCGCGGGAGAAUUGGCAAAGGACUUUCUCGGUCAGCUCAUCUUUCUUGCGCUACAGCUCGAUCCGCGCUACAUCGCUUCGUAUGCACGAAAGAAGUAUGGGGAUGACGGCUGCGCUGCCGAAUGCACCGAAAUGGGGUUGUUGAUCUACAAAACAGAGGAGGCGCCCUCCAGUGCCGAGGUGAUCGCCAGCCGUCCGCCAGGUGGGUCCUUCUCUAAUCGUGUUGCAGACGAGAUCGACCACACGGACGGUUUUAUUUUGCUCUUGAUGGAUAUGUACUGCUCCCGUGAAGCAGCGCUAGCGGAGAUGGAGUCAGCGGCGUCGGUAAGCGACAAGGCGAAAACAACACCGCCGGCAGAACCCAUAACGUUGGAGGGUGCGCCGCAGUAUCAGCAAAACUCGCCUAUUAGAAUGCCAGUAAAUACGGAGAGCAAAAAUACAGUAUCUUGGUCGUGA